GACUCUGAUCAGAGUGAUCGGUAUUCUCGCCUCUCGGAUGACAUUUAAUCGUCUACUUCUACAGAAUAGUAACACAUGUUGUAGUUCUUUUCUCUAGUAUUUAGUGAAUAGUUUGCGAUAAACAAUUUUGAUUCUUUUAACUUGAUAAAAUAAUGGCAAAAUUAAAAAAAACUCUGCAGAACGUACAAAUGCCUGCUGUACCAAGUACGAAAAUAUCCAUCGUGAAAAAACGAAAUCGAAGAAAAAAGAAAACUAAUAUACAAUUAUUGAAUAAUAUGGAUAAAAAUAAUUUAAAGAAACUAAGUGCAUCCAAUGAAAUAGUAAAAAAUAUAUUUACAAAUACGCAAAAUAAUAAAAGGAAAAAAUUGCAUAGUUCUAAGAAUAAAUUUGAUGCAAAAAAUUUUUCCUCAACAAAAUAUCCAAAAAAUAAUGAAAAUAACUUAAAGAAACUAAAUAUAUCUAACACAAUAGGCAAGGAUACAAAUAUGCAAAGUAAUAAAAGGAAAAAAUCACAUGAUUUUAAAAAUAAACUUAACGCAAACUAUACAGAAAAUUCAGAUUUUCUAACUAAAUAUCCAAAGGAUAAUAAAAAUAUAAAGAAACUAAGUGCAUCUAAUGAGAUAGCAAAGGAUGUAUUUACAAAUAUGCAAAAAAGUAAAAAGAAAAAACUACGUGAUUCUAAAAAUGAACUUGAUGCAAUAAAAUAUACAGAAAACUCAGAUGGUCUGACAAAAUAUCCAAAGGAUAAGAAAAAAUAUAAUUUAAAGAAAUUAAGUGUAUCUAAUAGAAUAGCAAAAGAUAUGUUUGCAAAUAUGCAAAAUAAUAAAAGAAAAAAACGUGAUUCUAAAAAUAAACUUGAUGCAAAAUAUACAGAAAACUCAGAUGCUUCAACGAAAUAUUCAAACGAUGAUAAGAAAAAAAUAUUAAAAGUAUCUCAAAAAAUACAAAAUAAUUCAAAUAUUAAAAUAAAAUAUGAGAAAAAUAAAAAACGAAAACAGGACAUGAAUCUUAAUCGUACAAAUAAGGAUACUGUGAGAGAUAAUUAUGAAGACGUGGAAAUCGAUGAAGAUUCUUCAGAAGAUAAUGGAAGCAAAAAUAUUAAAAAAAAAGAAGAAAAGGUUAAAAAGUUACAAAUGGAGAUAAAAAAUCUUAAGUUUAUGAUGAGAAAAUUAAUUGAAGGGAACAAUGAAGAGAAUAUGAAACAGAUAUCAACUAAAGUAGAAACACAGCAGAUACAAUCUGAUAUAUUAAAACUGGACAAACAUAAAAUAAAUAUCAAAUAUUUAAAAAAAAUGCUCGAAAAUAAAUCACAAGUAACGAAAGUUGCACAAUCUACUCUAAGAGAUAAAAAACCUACUUUGAGAGAUAGAAUGCAAAUGCAGUUAAAAGCAUCCAGAUUCAGAUUUAUAAAUGAAACAUUGUACAAUAAUGACAGUUUACAAUCUAAACAUUAUUUUCAAAAAGACCCUGAUAGUUUUAUGGCUUAUCAUGCAGGAUAUAAACAGCAAAUUGAACAAUGGCCGAUAAAUCCACUGGAUGUUAUAAUAUCAUCAAUUAAAAAAUUGCCAACGGACAAUGUAAUCGCUGAUUUUGGAUGUGGUGAAGCCCGGCUCGCAGCUUCUGUUCCUCAUACAGUACAUUCAUUUGAUUUCAUUGCUCUAAAUGAUGAAGUGAAAGCUUGUGAUAUGGCUCAUACUCCAUUAUUAAUGAACAGCAUCCACGUUGUCGUGUUUUGUCUUUCUUUAAUGGGAUCUAAUCUUAAUGAUUAUAUAAUAGAAGCUAACAGGGUUCUUAAAAAUAAUGGGAUCUUGAAAAUAGCCGAAGUUGAGAGCAGAUUCGAGGAUGUAAAAGAUUUUAUAAGACUACUACGCCAUUAUGGUUUUAAAAAUACAUGGAAAGACUUGUCUCAUAACCUGUUUUAUUUUAUGGAUUUUAAAAAAAACGAAGAUAUAAGCAUGAAAAGAAAAAAUCUUCCUGCAAUUACGUUAAAAUCAUGUGUAUAUAAAAAGCGAUAA